AUGGACGAGACACUUGGUAAUGAUGCCGAGAACAUCAAUUCUGAUUCUCUCGUCUGCUCCCUCCAAGAUCCUAGCGUUAGCAAGAUGAGCAAUAAUAGCAAUGUUGAGUCUCAAAGCAGCACAGAAUCCAACAGUUAUGACGAAAGUUACAAGAGCAGCUCCAGCUGUAUGAGCAAUUACUCUAACAGUUGUGAUGCCGAUGAUUCAAGUCUUAGGAGCUUUUGCCCUUGCAAGCCUCACAAAGGCAACGAUAUUCGAUGGGAUGCCAUACAGUUCGUGAAAGCUAAGUACGGAGAUUUGGGUUUGGGACACUUCAGGCUAUUGAAGAAGCUGGGUUUUGGGGACAUUGGGAGCGUGUAUCUGGCCGAGCUUAAAGGGAAGGGUUGUCUCUUCGCAAUGAAGGUCAUGGAUAAGGCAAAGUUGACUGCGAGGAGAAAGAUGUCUAGAGUCCAGACUGAGAGGGACAUUUUGGGUUCCUUGGACCACCCUUUCCUUCCCACCCUUUAUUCUCAUUUCCAAACAGAGAAAUUCUCUUGCUUGCUUAUGGAGUUCUGUAAUGGUGGUGAUCUUCACGUCCUCCGCCAGCGCCAGCCAGGCAAGCAUUUCACAGAGCAAGCUGCAAGGUUUUACGCUUCUGAAGUUCUUCUUGCUCUUGAGUAUCUCCACAUGAUGGGGGUGGUAUACAGGGACUUGAAGCCCGAGAAUGUACUGGUUCGGGAGGACGGUCAUAUCAUGCUCUCUGAUUUUGAUCUAUCAUUAAGAUGUUGUGUGAGACCUACCCUUGUUCAGUCCAACGAGGAACCGUCUUGUCGGGUUUCUUCCUACUGUGUCGAGCCAUCUUCGUGCAUAGACCCAUCUUGCAAGCUAUCUGUUUGUGUGGAGCCUUCGUGCCUGCAGUUGCAGCCUUCUUGCUUCAAACCCCAUGUUUUCAAUUCUAAAAAGACGAAGUCAAGGAGUGCUAAACAAAAUUCAACAAACCCAGAUUCAUAUCCUAUGCUUAUUGCUGAGCCAACCAACGCUCGCUCUAUGUCAUUUGUUGGGACUCAUGAAUAUCUAGCCCCGGAGAUUGUAAGAGGCGAUGGACAUGGUAGUGCUGUGGAUUGGUGGACAUUUGGUAUUUUCUUGUAUGAGUUGUUGCAUGCGAAGACACCAUUUAAGGGCAAUGGAAACCGAGAGACACUAUUCAACGUUGUUGGGCAGCCUCUUAAGUUUCCUGAAGGAUCGAACAUCAGUUUUGCUGCUAAGGAUUUGAUAAGAGGAUUGCUUGUGAAAGACCCAAAGAAGAGGCUUGGGUUUCAGAGAGGUGCCUCUGAGAUCAAACAACAUCCUUUCUUUCAAAGUGUUAAUUGGGCUCUAGUUCGUAGCAACCAACCCCCACUGAUCCCAAAACCACUAGAUCUUGCAGUUUUGAAUGAGACUUUGAAGCCGUCAGUGCCAGUUAAUAACAAAGGAAACUCUGAUAAUUCGGAUAGGUCUUCAGGUCCUUACUUGGAGUUUGAAUUUUUUUGA